AAGCUAUGUACAUAAACCCUUAAAACAAGUCAUCUUCAUCAAGUGUUUGACACAGCGACUGAUGGAGAAUCAAAGCCAGUAUGAGGUCGACCUUGGUAAUCUCAUGGCGUUCAACCCUUCUUACCACUUUCCAUCCCUCCCUUCUUCAAGGGAGGAACUAGUGAAGGAAUGUCUGCAGGAGGGCACAAAGUUAGUUCAAGCGAUUGCUGACCAACUUUUUAACUUGCCUUCAACUGAAGAUAUAGAUGGACCCCUUGUCAGUUUGCCUCCUCCAACAACAAAAUUGCCUAGAUCAAAGCAUCUACCAAAGCCUAAACCUCCCACAAAAUGGGAAUCGUUUGCCCAGAAGAGAGGAAUAAAGAAGCGUAAAAAGGACAAGGUUGUUUGGGAUGAGCAAACUGGUACUUGGAAACGCCGCUAUGGUUAUGAUCGUGUUAAUGAUGAUAAAGAUGUACCCAUCAUAGAGGCGAAGAUGACUGAUGAGCCAGGAGAGGAUCCUUUUGCUAAGAGACAAGCAGAAAAGAAGAUACGAGUUGAAAAGCAAGAGAAGAAUCGGAUGCAGAACUUGAAACAAGCAGACAAAGUUGGUGCUUUGCCGAGCCAUGUUCAGCUAGCUGUCACUGCUUUGCCCAUAACUGGAACCAAGGCUGUGCCUAAAAAAGUUACCAAACACGAAUUAGGAGAUGUAGCUGGAAUAGUUGCUACUUCAACAGCCAGUGGUGGUAAAUUUGAUAAGAAGCUACCUGGAGAAAAGGCUCCCAAGAAACAAGGGAAGCAAAGGAAGUUCCUACCGGUUGUGGAAGGGACAGGGAUAGGCUCGCAAGAGAAGGAGCAAACUGAGAAGGUUUUGAAUAAGUUAAUGUCUAAGCAUUCACAUGAGAUACUUAACGUUGAUAAGGCCAUUACCAUGUACAACGUGAAGAGAGAGAAGAAACAGAAACACAGGAAAAAUGGACAAGAGAAGUCUUCAUCAACCUCCAGCAAGUUGAAACCGAAGAAUAAACCUAAUAAGAAGUCUGUAAAGAAGGGAUCAUCAAAUAAAAGAAAGGCAAAAUAAAAUUAUUAAUCAGAAAACACUGUUGUAAGCUUGUAGAGUUUUCUGUUAUGUGCUACAAGUUGGCCAAUUGGAACAAGUAGGAGUUUUCCAUAUGAGAUUUUUUCUAUGUAUUCUAAGUCUAUUAAGUUGCUUAGUGAUUACCGUAGCUCUGUUUCUCUCACAAUACGCACUUGCCAAAAUACAAGUAUUCGGUAUUCUUUUGUUGCAUCUCAUCAACCAAUAAAAGGUUAAUUCAAUUGUCUGAGAAUAUAUUCCAU